AAGCACGGAUUCAACUUCAUCUGGAUCGACACAUGUUGCAUAGACAAGAGUAGCAGCACGGAGCUUUCUAAAGCCAUCAGCUCCAUGUAUCAAUGGUACAAAGAUGCGCAAGUCUGUUAUGCGUUUCUCGCUGGUGUCGGGUCAGAGGCUGAGGAGGACCCAUCUGAAGAGACGUCGACUUUUCAGGGAAGCCGGUGGUUUACGCGGGGCUGGACAUUGCAAGAGCUGAUUGCCCCCCGUCAAAUUGAGUUCUACGGAUAUGACUGGAGUCACCUAGGAGAUAAAUCACCUGGUUCGGGAUUUAUGGAUCUUGUUGCCAAUGUUACACACGUUCAAGUCACUUCACGCAUGCGUUGGGCCGCAGGUCGACAGACUACGCGAGUUGAGGAUAUCGCCUACUGCCUGCUCGGGCUUUUCGACGUGAACAUGACACCCCAGUAUGGAGAGGGAAAGAAAGCCUUUAUUCGUCUCCAGAAAGAGAUUCUCAGUCAAGAUGACGACCAAGCACUAUUCGCCUGGCACGUCAACAAGAAUGACGUUGGCUCGCCUGAGACUCUUUUCGGCCUUCUGGCCGAUUGUCCGGAUAGAUUCCUUGAAAUUGGAAGCACCGAACUUGUCACACCAAAAUCUAUAGGAGGUCAACCAGUCACCGUCACACCCAGAGCUAUCAACAUUGAGUUGUUUCUCAUUCCGUGCCACGACAAGGGGCGUGCAGAUUUCCUCGCCAUUCUCGAUUGCGAAAUUACCAAGACUGAAUCACGUCAAGCACCUGCGGUAUAUUUGAAGCGACAUUGGGGCACCGGAGAUCAAUAUUCCAAGGUUCUUCCCUCAGAGCAUGUUUAUGUCCGAAGACAAAACUCGCUUGAGGGAGGCGCCUCAUGGCAGCGGAUUUUCGUAAAGGCGGAACCAAGAUCAAAAGCCGCUAUUCUGAGAAUAGUACCCUCCAAGGACAACUCGGGACUCAGAAGCCAUGAUGAGGGGACCGCCUGCGAAUGGGAGGUGAUAGAAGCAAAACCUGCAAUCUGCUGGGGUGAGCAAGCUGGGACAUUUGAAGUGGAGACCUGCAAAGUUCGUUUCGGGGAACCAAUUGGUUUUUUCAAAAUCAACAUCAUCUUGAAAGAAGGCCUUGUUUUCGUCGAGGUGGCAGUUAGCUUGAAGUUCAAUAGUGAACGCUCAUGUCGAAGCCGGUGCCAAGUAAUCUCUGUGUCCCAGCAUUUUCUGGACCUGCAAGACGGCAAGCACCACGGCUUUAUACAGCUUUCAGCGAAUAUGAGAGACUACCACAGCAGCGAGUUUAACAAUGCGUUGUCGCAUGAUCGUGUGGGAGACAAAAUACCAGUGUUCAUACAACUGACGGAGCAUCACCAUGGUCAAAGUGAGACUGUUUCACUUCAUGUACUCUGUCGAUAA